CUCCCUACUUCUUCUUGUACCUGCAAGAGAAGAUCAACCAACUCAUGCUCGCUUCCCCAUCCUUCCACCGCAGCACCUCUGCAUCCUCGUCCUCAUCCUCAGAUCUUCCUCUCAACACAACCCUGCUCGAUCCAGCAGACAACGUUUAUCUCGACAGCAGCGGCCAACUAUGGCGCAAAUCUCCAACCGGUCCAGCUGAUCUUCUGUCCCCCUCCGAAGCGGAAACAGUCCGCAACGCACUGCGAAAGAAAAUGCUAGGAAAUAUUCUUCGCGACGUUGAGCGAUAUGACUUGUUGAUUGGACCUGGAUUUCCUGGUGCUGGACCAGCUCUAGCCGUAGAACCAGACCAAUCUUUGUCUAUGACUCCAUUCCAAUCUCACCCGCUCGAAUCCCCACAACCAUCCCCAACAGACUUGACCCCCGAUUACCUAGAUCAUCUCCUAACCCUUACGCCCUCCCAACUAAUGCACGAAUUCCGCCAUGUACCAUCCAUCGGCACUCUCUUGGAGCGCGUUCUGCCGUCCCGUCCAACGGCAUUUGUCGUGAAGAACGUUGUAUCGUUGGCAGUUAAGGGGCUACCACGCUUCAUGAGACGUUGGGUUCCGAAACUGAAUAAGGAUGACACAGAGGAGGCUAUUUUGAGAAGACGAUUGAUGGAGCUGCGAAAUUUGAUUUUGAGAAAUGGGGUUGGGGGGAAGGAAGAUAGAUAUUCAAUACCAGAAAACCCAUCCCUCGCACCUCCACCCCCUCCUCCGCCUCCACCACCCCCACCACCGCCGCAAACACCGUCAUGUAAACCACCUCGCCCACCAAGCACCCCACCAUCCUCCAAAAAGUCACCCAGUUACCCAACUCUUACCCACGAGCUCCAAUCACAUCCCCCGGCCCUCCGAACUAUCCCCGGCCUUCAACGUACUCCUGGGGGCACGCCUCUUCGCCGCAUGUCGCCAACCAAACACCAAAUUAUUACCGUAGAAGAUGUACUUCAUGCGGCUUUGAGAAAGAAGUUUGGGAAUAUUCGAGAGGAUGACGAUUGGUGAUUUUUUUUUUUUUUUUUUGGUGUAUCAUAUUAUCAAAAGAGAAAUUGUCAAAAG